AUGCAUAGCUAUCCUAUGGUCACCUUCACCUGGUUUGCGGAGUCAUCGCAGCGCAGAGUUAAACGAGCACCACAGGAAGACCAAGAAGUUCUGCACGUCGAUCAGAACAUUCCAUUCUUAGCUGGGCUGAUAAGUAGCGAGCGGGACGUUCAGCUUGUUCUGCCGCCUGCAUGGCUGCUCUCUGAACAACACGAUAUCAACACCCUUGCCAGUCACUCACGUCCUUCCGUCUCACUCAACGAUGGUAUACCCGAACUGCCUAUAGAAUGGUAUCCGACUUGUAGCGAUCCUAUCAAAUGGCAAUUCGAGCGCCUGCAUAACCUCUUCAAUUUUCAAAUAACGGUAGAGGCCUCUUGCAUGAACAGCGGUGAUUGGAUGCGUAGAGACUCCCGGCAUGUCAAGGCAAAAGAUAGGCCUAAUUCCGCGAUCAUGUGCCUCUUUUCGUUCGGCACCGCAAUCCUGGAACAGGGACUCAACGGCGCCGUACUAGUGUUUGCCCUCUGGCUUGAUCCACAGCUCGUCGUGAAAAAGUAG